UUAUGAUGACUGGUAUGGCGAAACUCUUGCUCUCUUUAUUCGGUCUGCUGAUCGUUCAGCAUGGAUCAGUUGAUGCCGUUUACACAAUGAACGAAACGUGUCUUUACUACGCUGGAGGAUACAUUGCCAACCCUGACAACUGCCAAGCUUGGGGCUACUGCUCUGGCGGGAAUUUGACGCACCAAGGACUGUGUCCAGAUGGCUACCUCUACGAUUCAUCCAAGGCUAUAUGUAAUUAUGCCUCUCAAGUUACCUGCAGUACCUCUGCAAAAGACAUAUGCGCAAAUUUGGACGAGCCGGGCUAUGUUGCUGACCCCAAUAACUGUAAUAGAUACUGCUAUUGCUCUAACAAACAGAUAGUGUCAUGUUCUUCAUGCCCGACAAAUCAGUUGUAUGAACCUUCACUGGUGGAAUGCAACUAUGACUACACUUGUCCCACUGAUUCCGUUUGUCGUCUAGUGAAAAAUAACGUGUUUGUUGGCGCAAGUACUUGUGGCGAAUUCAUUCGAUGUGUGGAUGGCACAGGAACUGCUCAAAAAUGCUCCAAUAACACCUACUAUAAUAACUUAACCGGAAUGUGUCAAAAGAGUAAUCCAUGCACAACCACUAACAACUCCUCGUCUGUUGCAUAUGCACCUGACACAUCCGCAUGCUCAGCAUAUAACGCAGCUAAAGGGGGCGUACAGUACGUAGAGGAUGGAUAUACUUGCUACGGUUACUACUCGUGUUCAAGCGCCAGCGGAUCGGGUCAAUGGAGAAGCUGUGAUUUUGCAACACAUUUCAAUCCCACUCUCCAAAAAUGCGUCAGCCCUAUAAGUUACGCUUGCAAACUCAAUCGUUGUGGAAAUAUUAAUAUACAAUUCGCAACUGUGCCUUUUACGAACUGCACACAAUAUCAUACGUGUUCUGGUAACCAGGCAAGCACGGCUAACUACACCUGCACGAACGAAAAUUACCCGUAUAUCGAUGAGGUCAAUGGAGGCUGCGUUGACACCAAACCAAAUUAUGCUAUUUGUAAUAUAACUUCUACAUGAAAUAUUAUGCAUUUUUAAUAAAAAACG